UACAUGUUUGCCCUUGAAAAGGAAGCUGUUUUAGCUUGGUCGAAAUAUUUAAUGGUCACUGGAAAAUCAGAGAACUUUGUUGAGAAGGUUUUUAAGGACUAUGUUUCACGGCAGUGGAGACUCUUCAAUAAAAAUGGAUGUGGCCCUCUAAAGGCUGCAGAUCUUCAGAACAACCAUUGCAAGGAGCAGUACCACAGCACAGCCCAGCAGCAGGUGAAAAUUAAAUGUGGUGGAUUAUUGAAGCCCUUCCCCGAGUCUGUGGGGUGUUCUGGAGGACAGUGGAGCGCUUUACCUGUGUGCUACUCUGAGCAGGUAAAUGGGCGAGUUGAGUGCAAAUCUGAAGGUGGAGUCACCGUCUGUAAGGCCUCAUGCUCGCCUGGCUGGGGCUCUGCCACACACCCUCUGCCUGCUGAGUAUAAAUGCCCCAAAACACCCUGUCCAUCCUUCACACCACACAAGUGUCACAAUUGCACACAGAACAGUGUGUGUAAAUACCAUGAGGUCUGCACUGGCUCCUUUGGCACAUGUCGUGAAACAUGCCUAGUUAAACCCUGUGGAGUGAAUGCCAAAUGCUUGUCCUCCAAUCAUGAUAGGAGCUGCACUUGUGUGAGCCCGUGGAAAGGAGACCCAUACCAGGGCUGCAGGAGUCAAGAUCUCCAGUGGGUUCAGACCAGAGGAGUCCCCAACAAUGCUGUUCGUUCUAAAACCCAACUUGCAGUGUGCAGAGCCAUUGGACCUGACAGUGGGUGGCACAGUGGAUUUGUAAAGAAUCAACGCUGCACCUAUGAAUAUGACUGGAGAGAGUAUCAGGCCAAUAGUUAUGAGGUGCUGGUUGAUCCGUGUGGAGGACGUGGUUGGAAAUGGAUGGAAGGGGCACAGUGGAACAUGGUCUCAUAUGGUGAAUCAAAAAGGUUUCCUGGAGUCAAAUACUACGUGUGUAGUGCGACACGUGAUGGCCUUGUAGGGAAGCUUUUCAACACGAGACAAGGCUUUCUUUGCCAUAUUGCCAGGUACAGAGAUACCAGAGAUGGAAGUUUCUAUGCUUUGGUUCCACAACCAUGUGCCUGAAGAACGAUACAUGGUUGUGACUCACUGUUCAGUGCUCAAGUUUCUCUAGUUCAUUUUUCAAGCUUUAAAUUGGUAAAGGUGCUGUAUUUAUCUUUCGCAAGACAUACUAGAUCUUAAUGCAUAGAAGUUCCUAACUCUCGCAAAACAUUUAAGAAAGUGGCAGAAACACAUAUUGUUAUUGUUAGUCUUUUUAUUCAGUUAUUUUGCAUUGGUAUCUUUUUAGGAUUAAAAAGAGUUCAAAAACAUAUUGGCUAUUAAUAUUUGAUGAAAGUUAACUAAUGGAGUACAGUACAUUCCCACCUACAGGAUAUGCUAUGUACAGCUGCAGUAAAACCCAAUGUUCUCUGCACAGUCAAUAUAUUAUGAACUCAGUGCCAUAAUGUCCUUUGCUGCCAUCAUGAUGUAAAAUUUGAAAGUGUGCAAAUUUCAAUUACAAAUAAGUGCAUUAAUGUAUGUUACUAGCUUCAUAUCGUUUGUCUUGCUACAGUUACUAUUAUGCAUGAAUUUUAUGAUAUAAAUAUUAAUAUAUCAUCUAUAUCAUAUUAAUAAAAAAAUUAUUCUUUUUUUAUUAGUGCAAUAGACUAUAUUUCUAUCCUUCAAAGCCUUGUUUUCGUUUGCAUUAAAACCAUAAAACAUCAA